AUGAUCUGGGAACAGAAUACUCGAAUAAUUGUGAUGAUGACUCGCCUUGAAGAGCGAUCACGCAUUAAGUGCGACCAAUACUGGCCAACCCGUGGAACUGACACCUAUCCACUCCUUCCAAAUAGCAAUAUUCAGUACCCAAUUAACAAAGGUCAUCCAAAUCAUCUUCAGCAUCCACUCGAUGAAGGCAAAACCAAGCAUUCAGUCGGACAACAACCUGGACUGAGGCCACAGCACGAUUGUCUCGCGCUCACUGUUACCCUCGUUGAUUCGGUUAACUAUGCAUACUACACAAUGCGCACGUUUCACUUACAAAAGAUGGGAUUAGCAGGCACUGUGGAUCGCCGAACCGGUGGGCUAGCAAAUGGUUGUCAGCUACGCAGUUGCUCAGUCAAGCAGCAGCAGGGCUACGAUAAUUAUCAUCGUCAAAGCAAACAUUCUGACCUUCAAACUGAAUCAUGUCAAUUGAACGGCGUAUCUCCCAGAAUAAUGGAUACGCUGCAUGGUGGCCCUGAUGGUUUGGUAUCUGUAUCUGAGGUCCGUGAAAUCCGGCACUUUCAAUUCACAGCAUGGCCAGACAAUGGGGCCCCAGACCAAUCGCAGCCAUUACUCUUGUUCAUCCGUAGAAUCAAUCAAACUAGAGUGAGUUAA